AAACACGAUAAACUAAUGUUAUCGCUUACUACCCAACCAUGGCAUCAUUAGGGAUGCUUUCCUGACAACUAGCUGGCUAAUGUUACUAAUUAGCUUGUUGCUAGCUAGGUGGAUGGAUGGAUGGAUGGCUGGCUGGCUAGCUAGCUAACGUUACUCAAAUCAGAGUUAAUUCAUCGUGACUGUGUGGCCAAUCGGACAAGCUAGUGAUUAGUUUACAAACUGUUAGGAUUAGUUAGUGAACCGGUACCUUGUCGAUCUAAGUUAACGCAAUCAUCCACGACUAACUAGUUAUGUUGCUACAAUACUACCACGGAUCUGUGCAAAACUGCUACAAUAGCUAGCUAAUUAUAUAUUUUUUAAUUAAAAAAAAUGUACUUCUUGCUGAUGUGAAACAUAAGGUGCAUAUCAACGUAUGUUUCGAAAAUCGGUUUGAAAGCGAUAAUUAUUCACUUUUCUAAAUGCAAACAGCGUCGGGAUUGUAGUUCACAUGGAACCAAAUAUGGGCGAAUGUAACUGUUUUAAACCCUAGCAACAUUCGGAGUAGGGUUUUUGAGAGAGCUAUGUUGCUGCUAGCUAGCUAGCCAGCCAACUAUCGUUAGUUAGCUAGCAGCACAAUAUAGCCAACUACCGUUAGUUAGCUAGCAGCACAAUGUAGCCAACUACCGUUAGUUAGCUAGCAGCACAAUGUAGCCAACUACCGUUAGUUAGCUAGCAGCACAAUGUAGCCAACAACCGGUAGUUAACAAGCAGCACAAUAUAGCCAACUACCGUCAGUUAGCUAGCAGCACAAUGUAGCCAACUACCGGUAGUUAGCUAGCAGCACAAUAUAGCCAACUACCGUCAGUUAGCGAGCACCACAAUGUAGCCAACUACCGUUAAUUAGCUAGCAGCACAAUAUAGGUAACUGGUUACUGUAGCAACAUUGACUGAGAGCGAUCCGGAUUUUGCAACUUGUCUGCUUGCUCCGAAACCAUCCGUCUAACAAUGUAAUAAGCUAGCUAGUUAUCCUAACUAAUUCAUUUUCUUUCAGGGAUUUCAUAAAGAACAUUUAACUGAUGAUUGACUGGGCCUGUUAGCUACCCAUUGGCAACAAGCUCUUAUAAACAUCUGUCAUGCUGUUGGGCCAUGCCAUGGUGGAAAUAUGGGGUUGUCCACAUUUACAAAUCAUUGACAGAGCCUGCAAGUCGGUCCACAUGACCAAUCCUGCUAGCUAGCUGGUUUAGUAGCUACAGUACAGCUAAAAUGAUAGGUCUAUAUUUUUUUCACAUGAACAGAGAGUGAGCAAGGUAACCUAGAAUAGGACCCAUGUCUAUACCAUUAGUCAGCCAAUGCUUACGAAAAUGUCAAUAGACCAGCUGUUUCCAAGUAGGCUAACACUUGUCUUGAAAGUUAUUUUGGAGCCGUUUGUUUGUUUGUUUACACCCACACCAGUCCAACACAGAACAUGUGCUUUUUAACAUGCUUAAUUACCUGUUUCUGGUAGGAAAACUAUUUCCCUCAUAUUGUAAGUCAUAUAGGUCAUAUUUCAUAGAAAUCUGGAAACACUACAUAAAUGUUUAACUAUGACCAUAGGAGUUGGCAAGACUGCACAGAGUAAUGCUCUGUUUGAUAUCUCCGGAACUUCCCACUGACUAUGUCCCGCCUACAUUUGCAAUUUGGGCAACUCUGGCUACUAUAGCAUUUGUCACAUUAGCUGAAACCUAACCCUUUCUCUUCAAAGAUUCUCUCAGACAAAGCAGUUUUCAGGCCUGGCCAUGCAUGGAUGGUUUCUACUGAGGAGCUGAUAAAGUCAGCACUUAGAGAAAAAAUAAAAUAAUACAUGGAUCAAUGUGUUUAGUUUGGAUGGUCAAAAAGAGAUUCACCUGACUUUGUAUACCAUAUGUUAGGGGCCUACUGGUUAAAAUUUUGGAUUUUGAAACUGCACAGAAAUAGAGCGGGGACAUUUGUUUUUAGGCCUAAAUGUCAUGGGUGUUGUCCACUGACUGGUUCUGUGUGGCUGGCCUGGGAUGACCUGUCGAGGCAUUGGUUUUGUUGUGGUGUGCUGUUCAGUCCCUGCGGGGUUCUGUGAUUCCAAAGUGUUUAGCAAAAUGAACAAUGCCCUGCAUAUUAUGAGGGCUUGCAAGUUGGACCUAUCACUGCACUAUUUCUGCAUAGAAGAGGCAAAUCAUUGCAAUAUUAUCACAUAAAUGGACCCAUCAGCACAGUACAAAAAGGGGGCUCGCAAUUUCUACCAAUCACUGCAUAAUAUGGCUAAAUCAAGCCACGUCAACAAACAUCUUCCCUCAUCAGUGUAUUUUUGCAAAAAAUUCAUAGCAUCUUGCCACGCAAAAUGUCAGGAUUGCUGCAGCAAAAUCAACUAUUUCCCCCCUGCAAAUAUAACAAAAAAUCCGGGAGUGACUGGCUGAUGUAGUAAUUGUCACCAAAGUUGUUAGCUCUCCCAGAUGAGCACAGUGACACAACUAUCUGGGUGGGGACAAAAACUAAUUUCAAACUAAAAUACCGUUCAAAAGUUAGGAGUCACAUAGAAAUGUCCUUGUUUUUCAAAGAAAAGCACAUUUUGUCUAUUUUUAAAAUAACAUCUAAUUGAUCAGAAAUACAGUGUAGACAUUGUUAAUGUUCUAAAUGCCUAUUGUAGCUGGAAACACCUGAUUUUUAAUGGAAUAUCUACAUGGGUGUACAGAGGCCCAUUAUCAGCAACAAUCACUCCUGUGGCAUGUUGUUAGCUAAUCCAAGUUUAUCUUUUGAGAGGCUAAUUGUUCAUUAGAAAACCCUUUUGCAAUUAUGUUAGCACAGCUGAAAACUGUUGUCCUUAUAAAAUAAUCAAUACAACUGGCUUUCUUUAGACUAGUUUAGUAUCUGGAGCAUCAGCAUUUGUGAGUUUGAUUACAGGCUCAAAAUUGCCAGAAACAAAUCACUUUCUUCUGAAACUCGUCAGUCUAUUCUUGUUAUGAGAAAUGAAGGCUAUUCCAUGUGAGAAAUUGCCAAGAAACUGAAGAUUUUGUACAACGCUGUGUACUACUUCCUUCACAAAACAGCGCAAACUGUAUCUAACCAGAAUAGAAAGAGUGGGAGGCCCCGGUGCACAACUGAGCAAGAGGACAAGUACAUUGUUUCUCAAACUAGAUGCCUCUCAAGUCCUAAACUGGCAACUUCAUUUAAUAGUACCAGCAAAACACCAGUCUCAAUGUCAACAGUGAAGAGGCGACUCCAGGAUGCUGGCCUCCAUUCCUUAAUAUUGGAUGUUUCCGUUUGUUUGUGCGCCUUGUCUCCAAUGAUUGGGACAGUUUGAUUAUGUAAUGGGUCUGGAUUAUAUAGUCAGUUGGUCACAGUUCGUAUUCCACAGUUAGCUACGGUCAGCAAAUAGCAUGUUACACACCCUCAUCUGUGCUUUUUACAUUGCUUACAAAGUGUGAUAAUGCCCUAGUUGUGAUGGCACAGCACUGACGCUGAUUUGCAAAUAUUUGUGGUUCAGACUCAGUCUUACACGGUCUCUAAUAACAGUAACAAGGUUUAUUUGCUUUAUGCUGUUAGGCUAUACUAUAGGCUAGUCAGAGCUGCAGUCCUGGUUGAAGCCUUGUUACUUAGCCUGAAAAGGUGUCUGUGAAUGUAUUCGUUAGCGUUUCAUUGGAAUGGGCUCGUAGUGCUUGACCUGUCCUCUUUACCGAAGUAGAUACACUCAUGCAUACACACAUUAAUGCUUGCACACUGUACACAUACACAGGGUGCUCACGCACACACUGCAGACUGAGAGGGAGUCAUACUUCUGGAAUCCAUCAUUCAACAGUACUGUCAUUGUUUGCUGUGGCAGGUUUGCAUCCUUAUAAAGAUUAAAGAACUGAACUGCCACACAGGAUCAACUUAAGGUCCUCUGUAAUGGGUGAUAAAGCAAGGCAUGCAGAAGGUGUGCUUAAAUGCGGGGCUGGGAGAUUGUGGUGUCUCGGGGUGUGAGUUUGUGGCGUUGCAAUUUGUGUGUGUAUUUGAUGAUGUGACCGUGUUUGAUUAAAUGCUUGAGUGUGUAAACUGACAAGGUGUGUGUGUGUGUGUGUGUGUGUGUAACCUUAGCUGACGAGGUGUGUCUGUGCACCCUGGCUGUUUUGCUGCAGUAGUGAAUAGUGGUAAAUGAUUCAGGGCUCUGCUGCCUGUCUGUAGUCUACCGUGACUCUGAGUCCCAAAUGGCACCCAAUUCUCUAUAUAUCACACUACUUUUGACUGGGCACCAUAGUGUGUAGUGCACACUAUAGGGUGCUAUUUAGGAUGCAACCUGAGACGGGGAAUUUCCUCUUAUCGUGCCUCUUAUCUUGCCCGUCGGCCCGGUGCGUCUCAUCGCUAGCUGCUGCUGGGCGUUAAACCGUGGCAUUGGGCCGGUGACAGCGAAGGUUGUUCCUUUAUGGCCAAGAGGCUGAGGGAGAGGAAGCUUUAACGCUGAUGACCCAACACCUACUUCUUCAUGGUGCAGGCCCAGGGUAUCAUGUUGAGGGAUAACGUGAGGACCAUUGGCCAGAUGAUCAGACUCUACACCAAUAAGAACAGUACCCUCAACGGCACAGAUUACCCAGAUGGCAGUAACUCCAGUGAAUAUAUGGUUCAACCAACCACAUACCUUCCUGAGAACUUCACAUACGCCCAGAACCUCCCCUGCCCAGAACGCUUACCUUCUAUGAAGGGUCCCAUAGAUGUGAAUAUGACUGAGAUUCCUAUGGAGGAGAUUGAUCUGAAGUUCUCUAAGUAUCUGGAUGUUCAGUUUGGUGGCCACUGGAGACCCAAGGACUGCAAACCACGCUGGAAGGUAGCCAUCUUGAUCCCGUUCCGUAACCGCCACGAGCACCUUCCCAUCCUUUUCCAGCACCUCACCCCCAUACUGCAGAGACAGAGACUGCAGUUCGCCUACUACGUCAUCGAGCAGUCUGGGACGCAGCCCUUCAACAGAGCCAUGUUGUUUAAUGUGGGUUUCCUGGAGGCCAUGAAGGAUCUGGACUGGGACUGUCUGGUGUUCCACGAUGUUGACCACAUCCCAGAGAAUGACCGUAACUACUACGGGUGUGGUCAGAUGCCUCGCCACUUCGCAGCCAAACUGGACAAGUACAUGUACCUUCUACCCUACAGUGAGUUCUUCGGGGGCGUGAGUGGACUUACAGUGGAGCAGUUCCGCAAGAUCAACGGCUUUCCCAAUGCAUUCUGGGGCUGGGGAGGAGAGGACGAUGACCUCUGGAACAGAGUGCACUAUGCUGGUCUGAACGUCACGAGGCCGGAGGGAGAGAUGGGUAAAUACAAGUCCAUCCCACACCACCACCGAGGAGAAGUGCAGUUCCUCGGCAGGUACAAGUUACUGAGGUAUUCCAAAGAAAGGCAGCACCUGGAUGGACUGAACAACCUCAACUAUACCCCUGAGAUCUCCCUGAGCUCCCUGUACAAGAACAUCACCGUGGACCUCCACCCUGACCUGGCCCCCAUUACAGACUACUGAACUCUGACCCCCACUGUACCUGACCUCAUCACACCCCCUCACACUCCAACUGGGACCCCAAAGCAGGGCAGAGGGGGGCUGGGGGUGUGGUGGGAGGCACACCGUGUAACGCUGCCAAGAAACCUUACUCUGAAGAAAAUGUCCAACUAAAAUAUGAAAGCGGAAGGGACAUAGGGUCUGUUUAAUCGAACAAUUGUGUGUGUGUUCUGUGAGGAUUGUGGAUGUUGAGAUGGGGUGUGUGUGUGUGUCUGCAUGUCAAUGUGUCCAUGCUGGCUUUAGCUACUAAGCUACUUAACAUCAACAUGUCAUGAUUCAGUAUGAGGAGGGAGAGGCAGUGUUUUCACAUCAGAUGUUUACUGCAAAGCCUUAAAGUGUCAGGCUCAGCCUCAGAACCAUGGCUCUCUGGUUGCCUCCCAAAUCACACCCUAUUCCCUAUAUAUUGCCCAGGGUCCUUAGUGCUCUGGUCAAAAGUAGUGCACUAUAUAGGGGAAAAAGGUGCCAUUUGGGACUUUGCCUUUAUCUCACAGCUCAGCACAGUUUUCACUUUUAACAUCUCAGUACCAUCACCUUACAAGCCAACAGACAUUUUGUGUCUUCACUUUAUAUCAUUUUUACACCGGUUAAAAAAAAAAAAAGAAACAUAUUCCUUAAAGAGGACAGGCGCUAAGUGAAGGUGACUUAUUUGUGAUGUACAUUUUCUGAAAUGGUCAAAUGUUUAUUUUUUUCUUCAGUUUUUGCCUUUUUUUAACAGAUGUUUUUAAAGCACUAUCCUGUUUCUCUGUGUCACAUGAGUGUUUUGCUGUUCCUUUGCUGCACUGCUGACACGCAUGAUGCACAGAGCACGUAUGUAAAUACUUGACUCUUCAAGCUCGAGCAUAGAACACGUAUGUAAAUAUUCAGCCUUUUAAACGCUCAGAGCCUGUUGUUAUUCCAGUGGAUUUUAAUUUUGUUUUGGCAGCUACCUUCCUGAGGACUUACCUGGUUCUUCCAUUUAAAUGGAAAGAUGUUCUAACAAUAGGUGGCUUAAAAAAGAAAAUAUACCAAUCUCUUAGGCUGACAUUUUGCAUGCCUUAAUUUAUUUUAUUACCAGAUGAUUUUUUUUCUUUAAUUAUAAUUUAUAUCAUUUUGAGAUGUCUAUAUUUUGUUCCAGUUUAGCCUUUUGUGUCUUUUUUUCCCUCGAGGUGCACUGCGUGAAAAGACUGAUGUUAUGGAGGGUGUUCCUGUACAGAAAGACAGGUCAGAGGUCUAUAGUCGCUCUGGUCCAGGGUGUUAUGUCAGGCUUGCUGAGCCUUCAACAGCAAGCCACCUGCAACAACCUGGAGCAGAGCUUAAGACUGGAGAUUCUAAAGCUGGAUGUCAUUUUUCCUCUGGUAUUUGUAGUCUGUUAUUAUGGAGGAGUUUAUACAGUGUGGACAGUGUGUUUGGUACAGGAUUAUGUUUCAAGCGUGUGUGUCUCAUGUAUUAGGUAACUGGACCAUGUGUUUGAGCAUAUGUUAGGUGUCUUUAAUGAGUGUGAGCUUGCAGAUUGGCCAGUGUGUCUGUCUGAACCAAUAAUUUAUAUAUACACUAGAUGACUGACGUCAGGCGAGGUUUUGAAGCUACCACCACUCCAUCUUGGCACUACGUCUACAUCGCAAAAAAAAUAUAUAUUUUUGAAACUGUAGAAAGGCAUUUAUUCAUGUUUAGCUCACAAUUUAAAAGUAUGCAUUAAGUGUGUAAUAGAGUAAACAUACAAAUAAUUUGUUUUCCUUAAAGUAUAAUUUAUUGAAAGUUCUAAUGCUACUGUCCCCAUUACUACAACAAAAAUACUUGUAAUUUUGUCCUGUGUAGAAUUUCAUUCAUUCCUAUGGAGGACUGCUUCUUCUGGAGUGCCAAUAUUACUGACCGGUGGCUUCAAAGCCUCUUACUGGCCAAUAGCAAUCCAGGGUUUGUAUACAUUAUUGGUCUGAACUGUGGCGUGUUCCUAAUAAGCGUGCAAGGCAUUGAGAGGGGCCAGAAUGAGAGAACGGAAGCUAAUGCUAACAGCUAACCCUGUUCUUGAAUGGUACAGACUGCAACUUGGGCCAUAAAGACUUGAAAUUCUUAAAUAUUUAGCACUAAUAUUAGCAAGGAAAAAUGUAGGAGGAAUUUUAUUUUUUACUUAGCGUUUUUUUCUUGUACAUAGUUGUUUCUCAUACACUUCAUAUUUAUGCAUAGAUGUACUUUUCUGUGUUAUCCUAGUGAUUUGUUCAUUUGUCAAGUGUACUUCUCAAGUAGAACUGCUCUAUCCAAACAACCCAGGUUUUCUCCAUCACAGUACUGCAAGAAUGCAGGAGAACGAGAGUGUGAAUCAAACUGGGAUACUCCUGUCCUGCUCCAAACAUGGGGUUUGUUGAAAAUGGCACCCUGUGUCCUAAAGUGCACUAUUUUUGACUGGACUCCUAUGCAUCCUGGUAAAAAGAAGUAAACUAUACAGGGAGUAGGGUGUCAUUUGGGACGUAGCCUUGCACUCUCGGUCCUGUCACUCUUGUAGUGCUGGGGAGGAACAGUCAUUUCUGCUCAUAAGCUAAAGUGGUUAACAAAGCACCAGGCUAAAGUCUGUGUUUGGUUUGGCUCCGACAUGGCUACAAUGGUCACAUAAGACCUCAAUGUUGUAUUUCUGACCAAUCAGAUGAGGCGAGACAGAAUCUAAAAAGACAUGGUAGUAAUGACAUUCUUUUGGAGGUGGUCAACCGUGCCAAAGUUCCACUUCUGUUACCCAUUAUCAUCAUUCUACCUACCUCUCUUCUGCACUUAUCUCUACUCGUUCCCCUUUUCAUUCUCUUCCCAUGAUCCUCUAUUGUGUCUCAGUAACUUGUCAGUGUUGAGAGAAACCUGACAGACUAGUGUUGAUCAUAGGGAUCAGGGUCAAGGUAUUAAAAGCGAUAUACCUAUGACAUACUGUAUACAAGGUAUUUCUCUGUAUAUGGCUCUGGGUAUAGGUCAGUGUUUGGGGCUUCUCUUGUGUUAUGCCUUAUGCUCCAUAACAGAUCUUUGCAAUGUUGGAUAAAUGCUCUCGUUGUUUUUAUACGUUGCAGAAGAUGUGAGCAGCCUAGCUGUCGUCCCUCUUUUGAGGGCAUUAUGAGUUACUGUAGCAGAGACACUGAGUCGGUGGCUUCUUUCUCUGGAUCCCGUCAUCUUACUUGCUACAAAGGAUCCGCUUCUUUUUAUCUAAUCCUAUUAUAUUGUCUCUUUCACUUUGUUCAGGGAACAGUUUGAAGAGAUUAAUUAUGAAAAGCAUCCAUCACUGGAGCUGGUCUAGGAUCAGUGUUCUGGCUGUGUCCCAAAUGGCCACACCCUCUGUUGUACAUUAUUUAUUGUUAUUGCCUCUGGGGGGAGGGAAGGGUAGGUUAGGGGGCCGCCGGGCAGUGUGCUGGCUACACCCGGUCACAAGUGUUUUGGUUUACACCCCCAGCUGACCUGUGAGGAGGGCAAGGACCUCCCUCACCCUUCCUACUGCCUCUGUAUUGUUUGUUUUUUCUUCUUUAAAAUGACUAUAUUCACCACUACACAGUAAUGUGGACUAUUACAUUUUUGCAGUAUUCAUAUUUGUGCCUUUUUCCCUUUUUUUCUCGGUUUUCACUUUACAUUCUUGCUUGAAAGGUAAAGGUUUGGAUUGUUUUUGAACUGAAGUUAGAGUGCACUUUUUUCAAAUUCAUUUUUUUUUCAGUCAGUUGCUCUGAUUAAGACGCACGAUACGUUUCCAUGACAAUGGGCUGAGUAGGUGUGUAUCAAUGAUUGUCCGUAAUCAAUUUUUCUGCUGUUCAGAGGUCUGGCUGCUUGGACCAUGUACAAUCCUCUUGAAUCCUCAGCUCUCCAGUCUCCUCAAUAUGCUCUGCUCUGUUUGAACAAAGAGUCAUAACUGGAGCCAGAGGGCAGACUCUCGCGUUACUAUCAUCCGCCAGGAAGUGCAGAAUGAUGCAGAGGAAGUAGUGACUUUUAAAAUUAGUGUCACCUGGUCUACAAAUCAUAAAUUCUCAUUUGAGGUCAGGCAUAUUCAUUUCGACUUUGUGGGUUUGUAAUUUUUAGAUUGUUCUGAGGACACAGUUGUGAAAAUAAAAGACCUUAAUUUGUUGUAGCGCCUUCUCAUGCGCCACACACCUUCUCGCAGUUCUGUCUUGUUCUGCAAUUUUGUUGCCUAUAGUCAUGUGCUAUAAUUCCCCCCAGACAUCAGACAACUUUUUACAUGGUGAAGCCGACCGGUUAGCCAUCUUGUCAAUCUUCCACAAUCUUUGGUAUAACAGCCAGUAAAAGAGUACUAGAGUUGAACUGUUAGACUUUGUAAAGUUGUUUUUCUUUUUGUCAACAAAAGAUGAAUAAACAACUUCAUUGCCAGGUUCUGGGAAACA